CUCCGAUGGGCUUCUCCCCGUUGCUGCUGGGACUCUGCGCCACGGCACAGCUGGGGGCAGUCGCCAGCGACUCUUGGUGGUCGCUGGCAUUGUGGACACCCCGGGUCGACCCCUCCACGCAUCCGCUGCUGUUGUGCAGCACGUCGCCGGGGCUGUCCCCCACACAGCGCCAAAUAUGCCAGAAGCAGCCGCACUUCAUGAAGCUCGUGGCCGAGGGUGUCCAGCUGGCGAUUGCCGAGUAUCGGCACCAGUUCCAGGCCAAGCGGUCGAACUGGACCACGGAGAAUGGGCUCGUCCCUAUUCCUCGGUCGGGUAAGGAGAUCGUCUCCCCGGGUCAGAGCCAGUGUCGAGCCUCUCCCGGCAAAGCGGGUUUCCCCUCGACGUUCAGCUACACACGGACGACCUUUCUACACGGCCCCAUCGUCGGCUUCUAACUGCACAGCUGGCUGACUAAUGCAGCGAUGACGACGAUGGGAGCCGUGCAGAGGAUCGGACAUGCGGCCGGAACACGGCGAGCGUAGCUAGGCCACGCCCCCUUCUAGAACCUUCCAGCAGGUUCCAUGAGCUUCCCCACUGACCCACCUUCUACCUCUAGCCCAGACACGCCCC